GAAAAAUCAUAUAUAAUCCCCAUGGCCAUCUUAUCAGCAACUCCACAGCACCAGCUCUUCACUCAUCCCACCCAAGCCAGUCUUUCGUUCUUACCGGCUUCGAUCGUCCAACUCUUCAUUAUGCAUUUCGCAACCACUCUCGCUCUGGCCGGUGUCGCCACAGCAUUUGCCAUCGAGCCCCGUGCCGAGGUCAAGAAAUUCCCCAAGGGAACAAUUUUUGACAUGGUCCUCGACAGUAGCAAACUUCAACUGUCGGACUUCCAGAAAUCAAAAGCUCCCGUGCUCUCUAUCGACCUGGACGACAACUACGGCAUCAUCAAAACAUUGGCUAAGACGAAGACCGUCCUUUGCUACUUCAGUGCCGGCAGCUAUGAGGACUGGCGCGAUGACAAGGACCUGUUCAAGAAGGGCGACUACGGAAAGGCAUUGGACCCAAGAUGGGAGGGCGAGUACUGGAUCAACGUCAAGAGUGAUAACGUCAAGUCUAUUAUGGAAAAGAGAAUAAUCAAAGCGAAGGAGGCCGGCUGCCACGGCGUGGACCCUGAUAAUGUCGACGGUUAUAACCCGGAAAAAGAGGGCGAGCCGCCACAAGAUGGCUUUAACUAUGGGCAGACCCCAUACGUUGAUUACAUCAAGUUCCUUGCGUUAAAAGCCCACGAAAACGAUCUUGCUAUUGGCCUUAAGAAUGCUGUAGAGCUUGUUGGAAGAUUGGUCGGUACGGUUGAUUAUGCUAUGAACGAGCAGUGCCACUUUUACAACGAGUGUGCCGCAUACGAAGUAUUCACCGACGCGGACAAAGCAGUUUUCAACGUCGAGUAUGAGUUGACGGAGUGCCCAGAACCGACUGCCAACACUACCAUUGUCACCAUACUCAAAGAUAGCAACCAGCAAGUUGACACUCUCGAUCUACCCUGCCCUGAGUCUGGUUGA